CGGGCCCAGUGCUCUUUUGUAUUCCGAUCCGCCGUUUGAUUCGUAAUGUAAAGCAAAGAAAAGAGCUAGCGUUCACCUGUUGCGCCGGUGCCGCCGGCUUGUCGGCUGCAUAACAGAAUCGGAGGUUCCAUCUCCGAUUAAAGAAACCACACCUCCCAAACUUCCUCCUCCUCGUCCGAGCCUUGGGCGACGACUCGUGACUCGAUGCCGCCGCCGCCGCCGCCGAUGAGUAGUGUUGAUCAUCAUUAUCUAAUAUUUCUACCGCCGCCGUGGGCAGAAGUCCCACCGUAGAAUCCGAAUAGGCAUAUAUUUUCCCCUUUGUGAUAUUGACCUUCUUCCUCCUUUUCCACCAAAAACAUGUCCCCAUGGUAACUUUCAUCACUGCAGAGAUAAUAAUAAUAUGAUCCCCCCCUUUCUCUUCUCUCUCCCACACAAAACAACGUAACUAUAUAUAUAUAUAUAUAUAUAUAUAACAGAUUGGUACAAGUAAUUUCUGGCCGCCGAAUGCAGAGUCGGGGCGGCGGGUAUCAACAAAUUAGAGAGGUCAAGAGUAGAAGGGACCGGGGGCUUGUUUUUUUCCGGCCGGUGCUGCGGAUCAGAGGAGGCAGGCACCACGGUCUUUGGUCUUGAGGGAGGCUAGCAACGAAAUUCUCUAUUUUAUCUCUGAACACUGAAUCUUUACCUGUCAGGAAGAAUCUGGUGGUGCGUGAACGCCGGAUGUGGAAAAAGAUAAAAAAAAAAGAGUGGCCGGCCGGCCGGCCGGCGCGUAGUUUGUAUCGACCGGACAAAGCAAAGGAGGUAAUGAGGUAUGGUAUAUUGGUGCGUUGUGGAGGGUCCUCUCUUUCCUUUUUGCUGUCUCUUCUUUCCCAUUUUCGUUAUUUUCAAUUUUGAGAGAUUUUGGUGCAAUCGUGCAUAAAUCGUAAUAUACUCAUCUGUGCAUAUACUCAGAUGACGCCUGAAAUUUUUGAGAGGGGUCAAAUCUAAAAGAUGAGAUUCAAAGGUCAUACGAUUUUUUAAAUAGUUAUUAAAAUUAUACGGUGUUUUAAACAAUGGAAAUAAGAAAAAGCCGCCAUAGAGGAAGUUACAGGAUUCACAAAAAAUGCGGGGGAGUUUUUUUAUUGAGGUAGUUUUCGCCGCAUAGUGGAAUUUAAAAAAAAAGGGUAGUGAUUGGUUGAAGGAGCUGCUGACGUGAAGGCAUGUGGAUACGAUAAAUUUGAAAUAGUGAAACCUUUAAUUGAAAAAUAUAUUCUUUAAACACUCGGGCGUUGACACGAACAUAUAAAUGAUCAAAUGUCCCGACCAACGCCGGUAAACGUUCGCGUGCCCAUCUAGUCACCGUAGCAUCCACUAUAAAAAAGACAGUCAGUUAUGACCAGACGUUUGGCGUUGGAAAAGACCUUUUUUAGUUGGAAAUGACUAGUUACGACGAUAUACAGUCGUUGGUCGUCAUGGAAAAAAGUCCCAUUGCAAAAAGUGAAAAUUCGUUAGGGCGUCAUACAAAAAUUGUUUGUGACAAAUAUUUGGCUGUCGGUACAAAAAGUACUCAUUACCCGUACGGGACGGACAACGGGUACCCAUACUACCCAUAAAUACCCAAAGUUUAAAUCACUAAAAUUUUGGUAAAAGUUUAAACUUAAAUGGAGGCGCAGCAGAGUGAGAAGAAUGAGUCAGAUUGGGUGGGACUGGGGCAGCAACGAGGUCUCCCCUUUUUCCAGGCCUCCCGGCGGUGGUUACAAGCUGUGCGCCUGGCGCCGCGGUGACGGCUACUCUGUUCUGUCGGCUGUCAACUGCACCGCGAUGAGAGGGAGAGGCGGAGAGCUAAGAGGUGAGAGGAUUGAGGAGGCCGAGGACGAGCGGCGAGCGGCUGUCAACCCUAGUCAACUUGUCAAGGCCGAAGACAUAUGUUCUGUUGACAAGGGAAAGGGCCAUCCCGAAAUGGUCAAGGCCUGCCGAAAUGGCGAAAUGGGUUCUGAUUUGGGCUGGGCUGAAAAUGAAUAUUAAUUCUGCCUUUGUAUUGAAUGGGUUUAACGGGUACCCAUAUUACCCAAAUGGGUAUUUGCGGGUAACCCGCGGGUACUGGUAAUAGGAAUUGGUAGCUUACGAGUUUACCACUACGAGAAAAGUGACUUUUGGCAACACUUGCACUGCAACACUUUUUAGAAGUGUUACAUAAAAUAAAAAUAUGCAACACUUUCGUCACGUGUUGCUUAAUGUGUAUCUUAUGCAACACAAAGUAGUCAUAAUUAAGUUUUUGUUGCAUAUGUCUAAUAAUAUGCAUCACUUGUGCAAUAAAAUAAAAUAUGUUGUCAAUUCUUUACGUUUUAAGCAACACUUAAUUAGAAAAUUUUAAGAAUUAUACAUUAUUAACUGUACUUGUAUACUAUAUGAUUUAGCAUUUGAAUUUAAAACUAAAUAGAGCUUCACUAUGAUUAUAAAAAGAAGAAAUUUCCAGUAUGAAUAUUAAAAUGAAUUCGUAUACCAUUGGUUCCACCAAGCAACCUCAUCAUCGUCGAAUCGAUCUCUAUUAAGGAAAAACACAAUUAUUUCUCUGACAAUUCAUAUCGUAACUAAUGUAUUACGAUACACAUUUGUCGUGAAUGUUGUAUCGCAGGUGACAAAACCUCAUAACAAAAACGUCUUUUUGUUACAAAGACAUUGUAACCGGAGCAUAACCGAUGUGACAGGAAAAGUUUGCAGCCUAUGUUGUCGACACUGCAACGAUAGCUUUGUCACAAAAUCUAAUAGUGUGACACAAUUCUGUCACAAAAACAUAAUUUUAUGACGAAAUUUAUAUCACAAAGUUAUAAUUUGAUUACUUAAGUAUUCCCCAAUUAGAUCUAACAAUAGUUGGUUUUAUUACUUAAGUGAUUCUAACGUUUUUAGUGAAUAAAAUAUUACGACUUAAUAGUUUUUACAUUAUUAUACGUUGAUAAAAGGUAAGUAAAACAAAUGAUGUUAUUAGUUAAACAAAUAGAAAAAUGGUGUUAAUAAGCUUAGCUGUACACGGAAGUUAUAAUUGAAGAAUAUUAAUAGUUAUCUACAAAAUAGUGAAAAUUUUGAAAUCAUGUCAGCGGGAGGAUUUUUGAACGAUAUAUAAGUUAUUCUUAGACUAAUAUAUUUACAAAGGGAAAGCUGUUUAAUAGCUAAUCCCUGAUUUUUCUCUUAAAGAUCUUCCCAAUGCUUUCAACGAGGUAAAACCCUUCAAAUUCAGGUCUUCUCCACUCCGUCUAUGCCCAACUUCUCCUCUGCUCUCACGAUUCCCAAUUUCGAGCGCUGCUACGAAGUCUUGAUCCAGAAAUUACUAGUCUCUUUUAACGCUUCCGGUAAGCCGGCACGACAUCCUCUUUAUCUUCUCCCUUAUAAGCCGCUGCUUCUCCGGCGAAUUUGCGUUCUAUUAAUUUAUUUUUUAUUGAAUAUUUUUUUACGAGAACAUAAAUCUCCAGUUUCAUGUUAACUAAUCAUCAUUUUCUUUCAAUUCUCUAUUUUGGGGCUUUCCCAUAACUAUGCUUACAGGUUUGAAGUACUUCUAGUAAGUUAUCCAUCUCAAGAAACAAUCCAAGGAGUCAAGAGCAGAAGGAGUUGUGGGUAGGGUUUCAUUGCAAGGUUCUUGUGAAUUUAGUUGAGUAAGCAAAGGCGGCAUGGAAAUCAACAAUUGACAAUUCUCUCCAAGUAGAGCUUAAGCAAGCGACGAAGAGAAUGGUUGCUUUUAGAAAGAUAUCCGCGAGGUUUCCAAUUGAUCUGAAGAGAAUCUAGAUAGUUUUUUUUUACUAUUUAGUUCAUAUUGUUAGAUAGAUUGAAUAUUCGUCAAGAUAUGUAUCUUUUAUUUUCAUAAAUAUACCACACUCAGAGAA